AUGGAAGUGGCGGACCUUAAUGGACGUGCAUCGUCUCGGUCGACGGCAGGGACAUUGCAAGUAGCUACAAAGCCGUCACUAUCUUUGGAGCUAAACGGCCGUUAUCGUAGUAGUAGUCUGGACAACGAACGUUCGUGGCGUCCAGCGAGUGGCUUUGCGUCCAAGCACCAGGCCGAUUUGGAAACCAAGUGCCUUCAUCGGGAACGCCAGAUGCAACGAGCUCGACAGAUAGAACAAAUGCAGGACGAUAAGAGAAAUCUUGAUGCGGAACUUAGUAAGGUACGAAGAUCGAAUAAACACGUGGUCCUGGACGAGAGCAAGCGGAGGACUACGAUUUCUCAUGGUCGACGGACGCGCACUAACCGGGGGACAGCACAUGAAAACUUGAGUACUAUUCUGCCAUCAGCUCUUGGAUUCAAUCGUCAUUCUAUGGGUAGUCCGUCCAUUUCAGUCGCAGUGAGUGCUGGAUGCUUUUUGAGUCAAGACGAAAUGGAGAAUGCCGAUAUGACGAAGAGGAAGAGGAGACAUCAAAUGAAAAGACGACAGCAAAAACCUUUGACGCGAGUGGAAGGUAGUACGGGAACGACGGAUGGAGUUCCGCAUCCAUCCUUGCUAGGAGAAGUGAUGUUUGUACGACGCAGCAGCUUGCAGAGACUAGUGGAUGAACUUCACGUGGAUGACAUAGUUACAGUGCAGAAUGGAAGGAAAUCGAAAGGCAAUGCACAGCGUCGCCUUCCUACAAGUUCGUGUUACCCGUUUGAUUACAGUCUGAGGAAAGCAAAGAGCACAUCGUCCAUGACAACACAUCAAGGCAACACAAAAACGUAUUAUCACACUGAAAGCGCCGACUCAAGUCCACGUGGACGCGGGCAUCAGGCAGGCAACCGAACGAAGCGACGGUCUUUCUCUAGGGUAGACUCGCCUCGAUCACCUCGUUCUGAAUCUGAUUCUCACGGAUCACCUUGCAACAAGAAAUGUGUCGACGAAGUUGCAGCAUUCAGUGUAACUGACUCUGAAAUGGCGACGAAGAUUUCCCAAGCCGUGCUGGAUCUUUUCGUUCCUUCUAAAGACGACAUCACGUCGGAGAGCGGAAACGAGGAUCACGAGGAUGGCAAGAGGACCAUCGAGGAGCGCAAGAAGUAUCCGCUUGUAGUGACCGAUGGAACUGCGUGCGUUGGAGGCAAUGUGCUGUCGUUCUGUGAUUUUUUCAUGCACGUAAACGCGAUCGAAAAUGAUUCUACGCGCGUGCAGAUGCUGCGACACAACCUGCAGGUUCUUAAGAAGACGAACGUCACGUGUAUGCACGCCAACUAUCUUGACGUGAUGCUGGAGCUACAGCAAGAUGUGGUCUUCUUAGAUCCACCAUGGGGUGGCCCAGAGUAUAAGGAUCUGAAUAAGGUGGAUCUUUUUCUCGCUGAUGUGCCGCUCCACGAGAUUUGCACACGGUUACAAUCGAGCACCAAGUGCAUUGUCUUGAAAGUACCGAGCAAUUUUGAUGAUGUCAAGUUCUCACGAUACGUUCCUGGUAAUGUCAUUAUCCGACGCGACUUUAAGAAGAUGCACCUUGUGCUCCUUGACUUUCGGUAG